ACAAUCCACUGCUACCCCACACGUCGCUCUCAGGCUGAAGGGCAAGACCGAGAGAGCGUUGCCCAGCCUCUCGCCGGAGCUCCACAGGAGGAGGAGGAGGAGAGAGGGGCCCUUCAAUGGCGUCGUCCAGCAGCGGCCUCACCUUCAAGCUCCACCCGCUGGUGAUCCUCAACAUCUCCGAUCACUACACCCGCGUCAAGUCCCAGCUCCACCCGCCGCCCUCCGCCCACGGCGCCGGCAGCAACGGCGGCGCCGAUCCAUCCGCCCCGCCGCCGGCCGAUCCCCCGAGGGUGUACGGGUGCGUGAUCGGGGUCCAGAGGGGCCGCACCGUGGAGAUAUUCAACAGCUUCGAGCUCCUGUGCGACCCCGCCACCGACUCGCUCGACCGCGCCUUCCUCGACAAGAAGCAAGAGCUCUAUAAGAAGGUUUUUCCUAAUUUCUAUGUGCUCGGAUGGUAUUCGACCGGGAGCGAUGCAGAAGAAUCCGAUAUGCACAUUCACAAAGCUUUGAUGGAUAUCAAUGAAAGCCCUGUCUACGUUCUUCUCAAUCCUGCAAUUAAUCAUGCCCAGAAGGAUCUCCCUGUUACUAUCUACGAAAGUGAUUUUCCUUUAUAUUGGAUGGUUAUCCACACAACCGUAGAGCUGCAUGUCAUAGAUGGGAUUCCACAGCUUAUAUUUGUCCGUGCUAGCUACACCAUUGAGACGGUAGAAGCAGAAAGGAUAUCAGUUGAUCACGUUGCUCAUCUAAAGCCAUCUGAUGGAGGUACAGCGGCAACUCAGUUGGCUGCUCACCUCACGGGAAUUCACAGUGCCAUCAAGAUGCUGAAUAGUCGAGUUAGGGUGCUUCAUCACUACCUUCUUGCGAUGCAGAAAGGUGAGAUUCCUUGUGAGAAUUCUCUGCUGAGACAAGUAUCGAGUCUCCUCAGAAGAUUGCCAGCUAUUGAAUCAGGGAAAUUUCAGGAUGAUUUUUUGAUGGAGUACAAUGAUACAUUGCUGAUUACUUACCUGGCCAUGCUCACCAACUGCUCAAGCACAAUGAACGAGCUAAUUGACAAAUUCAACACCGCUUAUGACAGACACAGUAGGAGGGGAGGAAGGACCCCCUUUGUUUGAAUAUUCCUUGUUUCUAUUGGACCACCUUCAAUCGAUUAUGGUUCUCCAUCCCUCCUGGCAUUGCGCUUGAUUUGUGGCGUACUGUCAAAGUCCAGCCUUGUGCAUGACGCAAGCGAUCAUGGCCAACACAUAUUGAGCAAGCCUCGACCGAGGCCCAUACCGCAUAGAAGAUGGGAUCAGGGAGAUGAAAAUCAAAAUCUAAUAGAAAUCUUUAUACAUUCGCAUUUUACUAAGGUUCUCUCACUAUUCGGUUGGGAUGUUCCACCCUCCUGGGCAUUUGGUAGUUCCUGGGGCUGACAAUAGUGAACUAGGGAACCUUGCUGCAAGAUUUUCAUGUUUUACAGGCAUGUUUUGACCUUCGUUGUUGCCUUGAGAUGAUGGUCCUGGUAUAGCUUUUAGCAUCGUGUAGUGAUUCUAUAUAUUAACUUCAUGGAUUUUGAGACUC